CAACACCCAUAAAUAUCAAAUCAUUUUAAAAAGCCGAAACCGAAACGAUUACCGAAAAAUCUAUAUCAAUCUCACCAUGAUCGCGUCUAAAAUCCUCCUCUUCGCCCUCCCCAUUCUUCCCAUCUAUGCCGCCAGCUUUGAGUGCCAGUGGCCGGGGCACUGCGUUGGAGCACAGUGUUCCAGCUACGACGAUUGCUCUGACGACUUAACCUGCGAAGAUGGCCAAUGUCUGGUGGCAAACGCGCCUGUCGAUCCCUUUACCAUAUCUUUGUCCACUUGGAAUCGACACUACUGUACGUUUGCCCCUGAGGGUUGCCACCACGAUUGCGAGCAGUGGAGCCGGUGCUACGACUUUACCGAUCUCCUGGUGACUGGCGAACACUUCAACGUUGGAACUGGCAACAUACAACUGGAAGUGAGGGAUGAAGCGAGCAACACACUAGUUUGGUCGACGAUCGGGAACGCGAGGGAAGACACUGGGAAAGUGAGAGGGAGUUUUAGGAUGCAGACUCCACUUGGCGCAUCCUUCGCCCUGUCCGAAACAAACGCUUAUGUGAAGGUCCUGGAUAUAGAGAGUGGCCAGUGGUCGGAACCAGAAUACUUCGCGUACUUGAAGGAUGCGGACCAGUAAAGGGAUGUAACUGAAAAUGGGUAUCGAAGUCCAUGUAUUCAUUCGUUUUCCUGCAUUUUGUCCGAGAAUUGCAUUUUCCUGUCAUCUUCUAAAGCCUGUCCUUUGUUUCAGCCCAU